GAUCCCGCGGGGGAGGCGACAACGGCAGCGGCAGCGCAAAGGCCGGGGGAGGAAGCUGCCUGCAGCUGAAGGCUGGCUGGGAAGAGCUGGGGCCAGGCCGGUCCGCAACCGCUGCCUCUUCCCCCAGCCCAUCUAUUUUUAAUGAGCUCCCCGGGCGUCUGCAGCGGGCAGGACGCAGAAAGGCAGGCCCAGGCUGUGGAGGCCCGAGGCCCCAGCCCUGCCCCGAGCCCUGGCCCCCCCACCCUUCUGGGCAUGAGAGGGCGGCCCCGGGGCUCUGCAGCCCCCGGGCCGGGCAGGGCUCUCCAUGCAGCUGGUGCUGAAGAUGGAUUCGAGCCCAGACAAUGACAGCUGGUUGGAGGAUCAGUGGGAGCGCUGGCUCACCCAUGACAUCAGCCUGGAGGAGUUUGAAGAUGAAGACCUUUCCGAGAUCACUGAUGAGUGUGGCAUCAGCCUGCAGUGCAAAGACACCCUGUCCUUACGGCCCCCACGCGCCGGGCUGCUGUCUGGGGGCGGCGGCGGCGGCGGCGGCAGCGGCGGCGGGGGGAGCCGGCUGCAGGCGGAGAUGCUGCAGAUGGACUUGAUCGACGCGACGGGGGACACUCCCGGCGCGGAGGACGACGAAGAAGAGGACGAGGAGGAGCGCGCGGCGCGGCGUCCGGGAGCGGGGCCGCCCGAGGCCGAGCCCCGCCAGGAGACAGCGCCCCGCGGCCAGAGCCAGGGCCCGGGCGGCGGGGACACAUACCGGCCUAAGCGACCCACCACACUCAACCUCUUCCCGCAGGUGCCGAGGUCUCAGGACACACUGAAUAAUAAUUCUCUGGGCAAGAAGCACAGUUGGCAGGAUCGGGUGUCGAGAUCAUCCUCCCCCCUGAAGACAGGGGAGCAGACCCCUCCUCAUGAACACAUCUGCCUGAGCGAUGAGCUGCCACCCCAGAGCAGCCCCGCCACCACCAAGGAUCGAGGCACCUCCACCGACAGCCCUUGCCGCCGAAGUGCCGCCACCCAGAUGGCACCUCCCAGUGGCCCCCCUGCGGCCCCACCCGGUGGCCGGGGCCACGCGCAUCGAGACCGCAUCCACUACCAGGCGGACGUGCGGCUGGAGGCUACGGAGGAGAUCUACCUGACCCCGGUGCAGAGGCCGCCAGACCCCGCUGAGCCCACCUCUGCCUUCUUGCCGCCGGCUGAGAGCCGCAUGUCGGUCAGCUCCGAUCCAGACCCUGCCGCCUACCCCUCGACUGCAGGGCGGCCGCACCCCUCCAUCAGUGAGGAGGACGAGGGCUUCGACUGCUUGUCGUCCCCAGAGCGGGCCGAGCCGCCGGCAGGAGGGUGGCGGGCGAGCCUGGGCGAGCCGCCGCCGCCUCCACGGGCCUCGCUGAGCUCGGACACCAGCGCCCUGUCCUACGACUCGGUCAAGUACACGCUGGUGGUGGAUGAGCACGCACAGCUGGAGCUGGUGAGCCUGCGGCCGUGCUUCGGUGACUACAGUGACGAGAGUGACUCGGCCACCGUCUACGACAACUGCGCCUCCGCCUCCUCCCCCUACGAGUCGGCCAUCGGGGAGGAGUACGAGGAGGCGCCCCGGCCGCGGCCCUCUGCCUGCCUCUCCGAGGACUCCACACCCGACGAACCUGACGUCCACUUCUCCAAGAAGUUCCUGAACGUCUUCAUGAGCGGCCGCUCUCGCUCCUCCAGUGCCGAGUCCUUCGGGCUCUUCUCCUGUGUCAUCAACGGGGAGGAGCAGGAGCAGACCCACCGGGCCAUAUUCAGGUUUGUGCCUCGACAUGAAGACGAACUUGAGCUGGAAGUGGACGAUCCUCUGCUGGUGGAGCUGCAGGCCGAGGACUACUGGUACGAGGCCUACAACAUGCGCACAGGUGCCCGCGGCAUCUUUCCUGCCUACUACGCCAUCGAGGUCACCAAGGAGCCUGAACAUAUGGCAGCCCUGACCAAAAACAGCGACUGGGUGGACCAGUUCCGGGUGAAGUUCCUGGGCUCAGUCCAGGUUCCCUAUCACAAGGGCAAUGACGUGCUCUGUGCCGCUAUGCAAAAGAUUGCCACCACCCGCCGGCUCACCGUGCACUUUAACCCGCCCUCCAGCUGCAUCCUAGAGAUCAGCGUGCGGGGCGUGAAGAUAGGCGUCAAGGCUGAUGACUCCCAGGAGGCCAAGGGGAAUAAAUGUAGCCACUUUUUCCAGUUAAAAAACAUCUCUUUCUGCGGAUACCAUCCAAAGAACAACAAGUACUUUGGGUUCAUCACCAAGCACCCUGCUGACCACCGGUUUGCCUGCCACGUCUUUGUGUCUGAAGAAUCCACCAAAGCCCUGGCAGAAUCCGUGGGGAGAGCGUUCCAGCAGUUCUACAAGCAGUUCGUGGAGUACACCUGCCCCACAGAAGAUAUCUACCUGGAGUAGCAGCGCUGCCCCACCCUCUGCAUCCCCCGGACCCUCAGGCCGGUGCCAGGACAGCUGGCUCCUGACCAGACGUGGCACUGCCUGAGGACGGGCACCCGCCACCACCAGAGGAUGGGGAAGUGGGGGGCGGUUGGCUGAGGGUGGGGAGGGCGGGGGUUAUGGGGAGAGGCAGAUGCAGUUUAUUGUAACAUAUGGGAUUAGAUUCAUCUAUGGAGGCUGGCACGGGCUGCCCGGGGAUUGGGAGGGAGCAGGGCUGGGGGUCUUCAAGCCCCUGGCCAGGAAGGGUGCCCAUCCUGGGAGCAGAGGGCCUUGUCCCAUCUUGGGCCUCACUCACUCCCCUGCCAGGGCCCCUGGGCCUCUGGCCACUGGCUCCUGCGACUGCCCACGCCAACCCUGCCCCUAAUUCCCAACCCCAACCGAGGGGUUCUGAGCUCAGGCUGAGCCCAGCCACCUACCGAGGACUUUGCAGUAAGGAAACGGCGGCAGGUAGAGGUGCGGUCCCUGUUCCCAGCCCUGUCACUCGUGUGGCCUCUGGAUGGCUCCCACCGCCAGCCUCACUGGCAUGCUGGCCCCUGGCAGGUGUGGGGCCUCACAGGGAAGGAGAGAGCCACAACGGGGCCCUGCCCCGGCAGGAAAAGGAGGCUUCCCGCCCUGGCCCGGGCCAGUCGGGGCCUCUCGGCUGCUUCAGCUGUCGCCCCAUCUUGGUCCUGUCACCCUGGCCACACCUAUUAAAGUGCCAUUUCCUGUCGGGACCGCAGCGGGUGUCAUCUGCUUGGAUGCCCCCCUCACCCACCUCAAUUCCAUCCCAGGAAAGCCCGAGGCUCUGCUGCACAGAAUAGCUUUAUGGGGGGCUCCCGUCACAGGUGUGCGUCGUAGUAAUACUCAGCCAUGUCUGGCCCGUCCCGCUUGCGCUGCUGGGCCCGGGAGAGCAGGGGUCGAGGGCCUCGCGGCCAUGGGUGCUUGGGUCGGACCCCGUAGUCUAGAGAGAGAGAAGAGGGUGUGAGGGGGAGGGAGAAUCUCUGUUGAGUCCACUGACGUCCUCCCCGAACCGAUGCUUUGCAGUAAGAAGGCCCUCUUCAUCUCAAGGCUGGACCUGGGUGGCCUCUCCUCGGGCCGGUCCCCCCUUCCGGGAGGGGCGGGGGGGGAGGGGGGGAGGCAGGAGGGGAGGUACUACCAUCCAGCAGGCCCGAAAGUGGCUCCGACAGUUCCAGGGGGGCUGAAAAUUCCUCAGGAACAGAUCGCUGAGGCCUGUGGGAGAUGUCGGGGUGCUCAGCCCAGGCCCCAAAGCCCACGACCACCUCUCAGUAAAGGGAGGCAAUGGCCCAGGGUGGGGGACUGGGUGAGCCCCGACACCAGGGAGGGGCUGUGCUGCAGAGCACCCCCACCCACCGCCAGGUCCCCCUGUCCCCCACCCCACUGAGCCCUGACCCUGUGCCCCCAGGAGCUACCUCAGUGGCUGGGGGUGGAGGAGCGCAGCAGCCAGGACAAAGUAGAGGAGGGAGAGGCUCAGGCCGGCCCUGGGGUGCAGAGCCCCCAGCAUGGCGAGAACCAUCUUCUGCUCCGUCCCUGAUUCCGGCCUCUGUCGGCCCCUCCCCCGCCAGAGGGUUGGAACCUGCUGCCAAGGCCCAGGCGCCUCACAAAGGGCGCGCGUUCCAGGGCUCGGCCCGGGGGCUGGGUCACAAACCUCCAUGCUGAGCUUUGCAGUUUGAUUUUACUGAGGCUGUGGGUCAGCAGGUGGCAAGCCACAUCUUGUUCUAGUGUCACUCAUUAAGGCUACAGACCUUCCGAGUUAGAUCUCAGUUCAGAUCCCCACCUUGCCUCUUGCUAGACAGACGUGUCACUUGAUCUCUGUGGGCCUCAGUUUCCUCACCUCUGAGGUCAGGUACAUACAUAAUGUGCCCAAGGACACAGGAGCCCCGAGCGGAGGACACUGGCACUGGAUCCUCACCACCCAGAGCACCAACCAUUCCCAUUAGCCUCCUUCCUGCGUGCGGACCCACCACUGCCCCAUCUCCCACUGGCACCGUUGCAGUCCCAGGAAGGCCCCGCCAGCUGAAGGGCCCAGAGCAGCUCACUAGCCCUGGUCCACUCAGAAAGCCCCCAGCAGAGCCCGCUCUGAGGGCCUUCCCCACUCUGCCCCCUGCAGCUUGGAACAGCCUGACCCUGGGGACUCCAUGGGCCCUGCCACCACCCCUGAGGCUGACAGAGGGGUUGCAAGUUAGGUGGCAAAGCCUGGGACCCGGUGCCUUAGCUUUCCGAGGGCAAGGACUACAGGACCCCAGUCCUUGACACCUUGUGGGUGUUCAAUAAAUACUUUUUGAA